AAUAUAAUCAUUAAAUACAGCAUACGAAUUAAAGCCAUGGCGAAGGCAAUGAUCGCGACUCUAGUAAUCGUGUUGCUCAAUCUAGUCCUACUAUUUUCAACUCCAGCUGAGUCCGAGCCUAUAACCGAGCCUAUAAGCGGAAUUGAAUGUUCGAAAGUGGUGAAGUACGGUAUUCCAUGCCUGGAUUAUGUGCGCGACAAAGAAAAUAAACCUUCGCAGAAAUGCUGCGACGGAAUUAAAGAAUUGGCUUCAUAUUGCAAAAAUCAAGCUGAUCGUCAAGCUGCCUGUGAAUGUCUCAAGAAAAAAGUCGAACAUAUGAAAAUCGAUGUCAGUCGCCUUCUUCACCUUCCUAAGAAAUGUGGAAUGACCAAUACUUUUGGUUAUGGAGUUAACAUUAACAUUGACUGCAAGAUGGUUCCGUAAGGCUCGGGGUUGCACGAAGAAUUCUGCUGCAACGCGUAAUACUAGCUUAUAAUAAAUUGCAGAACAUGAAGCAAAUAUCAUCAAGUUCAUGCUCGUAUUGUAUCCAUCCAUGUAUCGAUUUAGCAUAAUUAAUUACCUCCUUGUAAUUCUAUCUUGAUUAACAAAUAAAAUAAAAUGUUAAUAA